UUCCUCUCAGCCCUGCAAGAGCCCUAAACACAGUGCAUCUGCCUGCAGCCUGCCCGCACGCCUGCCUGCAGCCUGCCCCGCAAACCAGCCUCAGGGUUCAGCCUUGCUUCCCAGCCAUGCUGCUGUUCCCUCUGCUCCUGGAGGCCACCCUGCUGCGGUUGGCCAGCAGCUCCUACCACCCUUUCUACAAUGGCUUCUACUACAACCACCUCAUGAACGACAACGGCAACGGGCAGGAGAAAGUGGAUGACUUCAAUGGGGCCAGGCUGGUGGUAGAGACCCCCAAGGACCCCAUCUACAGCUCCAACGGUGCCAAUGUCACCCUGCCGUGCCACUACCAUUUCGAACCCGACACGGAGGCCAAGCGGAAGAUCCGCAUCAAGUGGUCCAAGCUGCGGGAUGACUACACCAAGGAGCAGGAUGUGCUGGUGGCCAUCGGCAAGACCUAUAUUGCCUUUGGGGACUUCCUGGGCCGCGCUCACCUCCGCCAGACCACCCGGCAUGAGGCCUCACUGGUCGUCAGUGAUGUGCGCUUGCAGGAUGGUGGCAAAUACCGCUGCGAGGUCAUCGACGGGCUGGAGGAUGAGAGCGAUGUGGUGGACCUCCAGCUGCGAGGCAUCGUGUUCCCCUACCAGCCUCGCCGCGGGCAGUACAGGCUCAACUUCCACGAAGCCGAGCAAGUGUGCCAGGAGCAGGGCGCCAUCCUUGCCACCUUCAACCAGCUCUUCCAGGCCUGGAGUGAGGGGCUGGACUGGUGCAACGCGGGCUGGCUGGCAGAUGGCACAGUGCAGUACCCCAUCCGCCUGCCCCGCAAGCCCUGCGGGGGGCUGCACCUCGCCCCGGGCAUCCGCAGCUACGGCCCGCGCCACCGCCACCUGCACCGCUUUGAUGCCUUCUGCUUCUCCUCCGGGCUCAGAGGAGAGGUUUUCUACCUGGACCGUCCAGCCGGGAUGACGCUGGAGGAGGCCAAGCAGAGCUGCCAGGAUGCGGGGGCCGAGAUCGCCCGAGUGGGGCAGCUCUACUCUGCCUGGAAAUUCCUGGGGCUGGACCGCUGCGAUGCCGGCUGGCUGGCAGACGGCAGCGUCCGCUACCCCAUCGCCAAACCCCGGGCCAACUGUGGCCCCGCGGAGCCCGGCGUCCGCAGCUUUGGCUUCCCCAGCAAGGGCAGGUUUGGGGUCUUCUGCUACAAGGAGAGAUAAGGAGCUGGGAGGGCUCCUUCGCCGGAGGAUGUUUCCAACCUGACAGUGCCUGGCAUCAGGUUUUUCCCAGGGCUGUUUUGGGGGUGA